GUGGCACUCAGCGAGGCGGCCAUGACGAAGUGGUCGGACACUGUGUGUGAGGCUGAGAGAAAGUUGUGUCUGUUUUUCUGUGGUUUGGCUUUUAAUAACUGCUGACUGAAGAAUAAAGGUUUGCUCGAAAGAGAGAGAGAGAGAGCGAGAAGACAGUUUGAAUAAGAAUUUGUAUCCCAUUGUGAUGUAGACUCGGGAAUAUGACAGAGAACAAAGAUUCAGAGGGAGAGAUACUUCCUCUGAAAAAUGAUGAGACCAGAAGCCAAGACACCAAUGAAGUUUCUAACAGGCACAAAGAAACCAAAAUCAAGAAAUUUACAAAAUUUGGACAACUUUCCCGUUGGAGAACUGCUGCCUUCUUCAUAGUUUUAUUUUUAUGUCUGAUUGUGGUGUUUGCAUUUUCCUUCAUAAUUCCUUGUCCAGUGAGGCCUGUGUCACAAAGGGCCUGGAACAGAACAUUUGAAAAUGCAGUGAGUUAUCCUUUUUUCACGCUGUGGGAUAUGAACAGAGACAAAGUUAGUGAUGUGAUAUUCGCAUGGAAAUCCUCCAAUAACACUAUAAUUAAUGGAUCGUGCGCAGCUGAGGGCCUCCCAUUUCCCUGUGCCUACGUUACUGCGCUGUCAGGAACAAAUGGCAGUCUGCUGUGGCAGCGAGCUUUAGCAGAGGAUGUUCAGCAUGUGCAAUGUGGAAUUGAAAAUCUCAGUGAUGCAAAGUCUUCAGGAUGCCUUAUCAUUGGAACCCCUUACCUCCUUAGUGCAAUCAGUUCUUCAGGAGAUACAUUGUGGAUGCUCAAUGCUAGUUUUGUUGUUAAUCUUUCUGUGAUUGGACCUGCACUGAUACUUCCGGAUCUAGAUGGUGAUGGUGUUGGAGACUUUUUGAUCUUUUUUAUACCAAAUCAGGUUAGCUCUGUCAGCAAGUUAAUUUUGCGACUGUUGUCUGGAAAGAGUGGAGAUCCCAUUGGUCAAGAGGUGUACCACAAUGUUACUGAAAACUUUGGAUCUUUAAGUCCGCUGGUUCACAUCACCAACACCGGUGCCUAUUACAUUCUCUUUAUUGAAGGAACCGUGCAAGGAGUGGCACUGAAAGAUAUUUAUUUACAAGCAACUGGAAUGUCACUUACAGCAGACAAACUAAACACAGACGUUCUCAGAUCAGAUUCUGAGUGGGAGAAAAAGACUGAUCCAACAUCGAAAAUGAUUCAAGUCCAUAAUUCCAGAACAGCGAAAUAUCUUCAGGCAGUCCAUGUACAAGGAAAGAAUGCUGGAAGACUGUUAAUCAGUACAGAGGACAGGGUUGAGCUUUUGGAUGGACAAAACCUGCAGACACAGUGGCUCCAUAAUAUAUCUCAAAUGCAAGGAGCACCAGUGUCUGGUUACUUCAACGCUGAUGAUGUUUUUGAUUUCCUAAUUGAAGAUUUCAUUGAAAAGAACAGAAAGAAGGUUACUAUUGUUGAUGGUAAAAAUGGAAAGAUUCUAUGGGAAGAGGAUUUAAUAUGCAGCAAAAACUGCCCCAAACCAUCCUCUAUCAACACCGUAUCGCAAACAGCUUUCCUUUUCUGGGGUGAACUUCCAAUACAAGUCAAUGGCUCUGUGCCAGAAGAUUUAACUGAGAAUAGACAUUAUCUCUAUAUGGUUCAUCCAUCACAUCCAUACAUAAUUCUGGAGCUAAAAAACACUACUGAAAAUGUGCUCUCCUUUACCACAGCCUUAUUUGAACGUAGCAGACAUGCUUGCAAUGUACUGCUGUUAGGGCAGCCUGUAGGAAGCAGACAAGGACCAUUGACAGUUAUCAAACAAAAGCUCAAAGAAGCCAUCUCUUUAAGCACAGUCAGACGUCUGAACAAGGGGCACGAUGUCUUCAGUGAUGCUGAAAUUAAGGAAUACUUCUACAGAAUACGAUACAGCAACUAAUGGUAAAUAGAAAACAAAUCAAUGAAGGAACGCCCUGCUGUCUUUAUUGCUAGAUAUAUUUAUGUACAUGAACUUUUUGUUCUAUUUCUUGCUGGCAAAAAAAAAAUUGCCUGCAAAAUAGUUUGUACUUUUAAGAUCAUUCGUGAUGAAGCCUUUUGGUUUCAGAGUUUCAUCUGAUAUUUAGCUUUCAAAUGGCGAAAGUCAAAAUUAAAUCCUAGAACACGGUAGUAAUUUGUAAACAGUUAGGAUAACUGUAACAACAGUGCUCGCUGCCAUGUUUCAUUAGCCUAUUUUUUAAAAAUUAUUUUGAUGGGAUGUGCACAUUAUGACAAGGCCAUCCUUGAGUAUCCUUGACUUGAAUGGCUUGCUCAGGCAUUUAAAAAAGCAGUGAAGUACAUGACUAUUGCCCUGAUGUCACCAAAAGAAAGGCCAUUAGGUGGAUGCAGUGGUGUGGUGGUAAUGACACUUGACCAGUAAUCCCAGUUUAGUGUUCUGAGGACUUAGGUCCAAAUCCCUGUAGAUGGUGAAAUUUGGAUGCAGUGAAAAUCUGACAAAACAGCUAUCCUAGUAGUGGCCAUGUAACCAAUGUCGAUCGCUGUAAAAACCCAUGUGGCCCUUUAGGAGUGGAAAUCUGCAGCUAUUACGUACGUGUGACUCCAGAUCCAUUACAAUAUGGUUCAUUCUUAAUUUCCCUAGGGUCCAUUAGGCAUGGGCAAUAAAUGCUGGGCCUAGCCAGUGAUGCCCAUGUCCCAUGGAUGAAUAAAGAUUGUUUUUCUGGAAAUCAAUUAUUGCUAAAAAUGUUCAUGUAAUAAUUAGCAUAAAUUUAAGGAAUAAUGACCAUCUCUGACAAUAGUGCAACUUUCAGCUGACUAGUUUCUUUCUCAUACUCUUACAUCUGUUUAGAAAUAUAGGCACCACUUACGAUACUGGAAACUGAGUGCAGUCUUUUUAUUAGUACAUCAGCAAGACUGUGGACAUUUUUUGUCUGCACUAGGAUCAGUGAAUGAUAUUCCUCUAAUGAAGAAGGAAGCUUAAGUCAAUCUGAAAUGUAUCUGUGAUUGGAACAACAUUAAAGAAAGCCUGAGUACUGCCCUCCUAAGAAUUAAUAUGUUACUCAUUAAGGGACUGCCAAAUUACAUGUAUCCAUUCCAAUGCAUUCCCCAUCACUGUGUUGGACAGGCCCCUCGUCUGUGUCCAGCCUAUUUCCUGACUUUCUGCUCUCACCUCUUCCUCUCCUUCCUACACCAAUGUCAGGUUUCCCCUUGUCUUCAAUUCCAAUCACAUCAGCUGUUGAAUCAAAAAAAAUCAGCCUCUGUUAUUUUUGCUACCUCCAGGGGCACAAUGGUCCACAAUCAAGGCACUUGCCUUGCAGUCACAGGAAGUACAAAGCCUUUUUUUUACAUCUUCUCUCUAUCUAAUGCCCCAAACCCUCCUUCUGGGGGAAGUAGCAACUUACUUGUUUCUUUCAGUUCAGACAACUGUGUUUGCUCCUGCCACUGUAAACUGCAUUGUGAGAAGCAAUCUCAGACUGCACUGACCACUUUGCAGAGCACUCGAUCCAUAAACAUGAUCCUGAGCUUCCAUAAAUGAAUGCUUACCAUUUAAUUCACCACUUGUUCCAUCUGAAUUUGUCCUUGGCCUGCUGCAGUGGUCCAGUGGAACUUGGUAGAACCUCAAGGAACAGCGUCUCAUUUUUUGUUUAGGAAUUUCUGCACUCAGCAUUGAGUUCUGCAAUUUCAGACCAUGAACUUUAUUCUUCUGCCAUGUGUCAACGUGAAUUUUGUUUUAUGUUAUUGAUUUCAAACAGGGCAUUAUUCCGGCAAUUAAACUCACUUUGGACAAUUUCUUUUGUUAGAUUCACUAUCAUUCCCUGUGCCUUUUGCUGCACCGCAUCUUUGUCAUUUAAUCUCUGUCACCCUCUUCGUCAGUCCUUCCCUUUUGAUCUUCUGUCUCCUUCCCUCCUUUCAAUGGCCCAAAACCCAUCACGAUUCUACCUGCUGUCAGUUCUGAAGAAUGCUGCUAUUCAACUUAAAGCAUUAACUCUAUUUCUCUAUCUUGUGUUUGCUUCUCACAACGCAGUUGUGAGAUGCUGCUGGACCUGCCAAAUAUUUCCAGCAUUUACUGAUCUUAUUUAUAAUUUCUAGUGUUUCUUUGUUUCUUGUUUGAUCUCUAUAUUUGAAUUAUACCAAGCAUAAUGGAUUAAACAAAUAAAUAUGUUGGCAUUAUUUUUUGGUAGCUAAUACAAAGAUGGAUUAGGUUAGCUAUACUUUGUUCACUGCUUCCAUAUAUUCCCACUGCUAGACUGCUCAAAAAAUGAAUUAAUUGAGUGUAAAUUAGCAGGCUAGAGGGGGAAGCAAAAAUGCAGGCAAGUGGAGGUCCCAUUGAGUUGAGCUUAAUUCUGUUUCUUGCAUGACAAGUGGCAGAAUUCAGCUGUGGACCAUAGGAGACACUACCUGAUGUUAAGAAAAUAUUGGGAGUUGGGAAAGGGAGGUGAGAAUUAGACCAACAGUCUGCAGGAGAAAGGAAGAGAUUGUGGGUCAAACAAUGAGGGAGAAGAGUCCUUAAAUUGAGACUUGUGGGUUACAGGUCAGUGGAGGCCAGCACAUGACAGCAGCAAGGGAAAAUCGUAAUUGAAAGGUUCUUUUGAGGCACUCUCUUGACUGCUUUGUAGUGUUCAAUAAAGGACUGAACUGUUGAGUCAGAUAUUUUGAUCUACAGUUAGCUGUAUUCUUUUUAACUCAAGCAACCUUGAUCAGCAAAAACUUUACUAAAUUAACCCAAUUUUGCAGUGGAACUCUGAUUUAAGUAAUAGAGUUCUCGACUCUCCAAGACCGCUCAGAACUGACAGCUGUAGAAGCAACAUAGGAUACAUAGGCAGCAGGUUGAAAUCACAACUUGCAAUUUCCCAAUUUUGAUACUGCCCUCUCUGAAGCUGGUAGCUGGUAUAUAAAGGAAUGCUUUUUAUUAAAUCUAACUUUUUCCUUUUGGCUGUUGUAACUGAAGCAUAACAAAGCCCUUGUGCUAACUAGAGAAUAUUUAAAUGUUCAUUACCACAUUACAAUUUGGUCUUGCAAUAUAGAAGUAUGAAUGUAAAAUGGAUGAAGCUUCAAAGUCUAGUUGUUUUUUGCAUUGGGAAGAGUAGACUCUGUAUGAAUACUUCAAAUAAAGGCCAUGUUUCAUGGAGCCAUACCAUAAUAUUUGCCACAUGCUAACUUUGACCCAUUAACCAGAAUCUUGCUCGAAAUAAUUUAGUAAAACAUGCUGUUAAACUAAAAUGUUACAAUUUUUCUUGUAUGGUAAAUAUUUAUGGUCAGUUUGAAUUAACUAAAACUGUACAAUGUGACUGAUUUUUAAAAAAAAUAAUAAAUUUAACCAACCUAAAUUUGAAAAAUACUUAAAAAUGCAAGUUGAUGUAAAUGCUCCAUACUUCCAAUUUUCUUUUGCAUUUUUUCCAAUGUGAGUAUUUUCUCACAAUAAACAAACAUUAAUUAUUUUCAGAGUUAAUCUUCUCAAGUACUCAUUAAUUUUGUUCAAAAGAAUAUAAUUGCUGUUUUUAGCUGGUUGAUGAGCACUGUGCGCCUUAUUCUGAAUCUAAUAAUGUACAUAGGGCACUGAUUAAAAUUAAACUUUCUACAACACAAAAUACAUUAGUUGAGUACUGUGUUAGUGGUAAAAUUCUUACAAAAAAUAGCUGAAGAAUUAAGUACAUUACCAUAUCUGACAAGUGUUCGAGCGAUGGAGAGGUAAAUUAGCUAAUAAGCUCCUUGGCUGAUUCCUGAGGUUUUUGUACCUUUUGGUUAUGGUAGUCUCAGCUUUGCAUUUGAGGUGUUAUUAUAGAAAAUAUUCUUAACAGCCUUCAGAGAUUUGGUCAGUGGUAUCAAACACAGUUCUAAGACAAUGGAAUGGUAAUCUGUAAUACAUAAGUGCAAUGUAUAUUGGACAAACUGGAUUAAAUAAGAAACUACUGAAGUAAUUUAAGUAACAAAUUGCUAAUUAGAUUAAAUAAAUUAAUUAUAGUGAAUAGAACUCACUGAAGUCUCAGAAGCAGUGGGCUGUAGGUUGUUGGCCUUGAUACAGUAGUUGUGCUUUUGGCUCUUAGCCUGAAAGUGGUAGGUUCAAGUACUGUUGCAGAGGUGAGAGCAUAUUCACUCAUGCUGUGAUACUUCAGUGUGGUGUCACAGGAAUCUGCACUGACAUUUCAGCUUUUUGGAUGACUGGUAAAUGCAAAACCCUGUCUGUUCUCUCAAGCUAUGGUUCAAUAUUCUAUAGCAGUCCUCAAAGAAGAGCUGGGGAUCUCUUUCCAGUAUGUUAAUUAAUAUAUAUCUUUCAACCAACAGAAAUCGAAAAUGCUGUGAAUACUCAGUAGGCCAGACAGCAUCUAUACAGAGGGAAGCUAAGUUAAUGUUUCAGGUUGAUAACCCUUCUUUGGAUUCUGAUUCAGGUGAAAGUUUGACAUAAAAUAUUAACUUAGUUUCUGUCUCCACAGAUGCCAAAACUGGUGACCAUAUUAGCAUUUGCUGCUUUUUAUUUCUGACCUCUGGCUUUUGCAGUGUUUUCGUUUGUACAGCUUAAGAUAGUCUGAUGAUAUGUUUAUGGGCUGUUUGGUAUUUGAGGGAAGUUGCUGCAUGAAAAUUUUACUUUAUAUGCCCUUCGUAAUGACGGUAAAUCACGUUUCUAAAAUACACCAUUGGCUAUAAAGCACUUUAGGCUGUCCUGAGAUUGUAAAAGGUGCUAAAGAAAUGCAAUUUUUUUUCUUUGGAGUGAGGAACAGAAUUGAAAUAUAUGUUGGAAGAAAGGGGAGGUUAUUUUUGAGAUCUCUGAAGAGUGAAGUGUUUCUGAACUUUAUGGUAAUGAUUUUAUGUCAAUAAAUUUGUUACUUUAAGUUUAGAAUGUUAGUUGUUUUCAAACAGAAACCAAGGACAAGAGUGUGAAAUGCUUAAUGUAGUUGAAUACUGAGCUUUACACAAUCUAUUAUGUAUGAAAAUUACAUUUUGAUAGAACAGUAUUUAUCUUUACAAGAUUGAUAGAAAUUGCUAAAGUUAGGAAUUCUAAAUAUUUCAUUUGGACAUUUACCUCACUAAAUGAAGCUUGCAAACGCAACAUGAAGUACUAUCAAUUAAACCUGAUAGUAAAGCAGAAAAAUAUCAAUACGUAAGAAAAUAAAGAUAACAAACCAAUUGUUUGAAAUUGUAAAUGACGUGCCAAAAAUAAUUUCCUAUUCUAUUCUUCAUAGGGGAAUUUAUGUGUUUAAACGGUAUCAAUUGCUUUUGCAGUUUAACUGUAUAAACUUCUUGGUUUCUUGUUUGCUUUUCAAUGUAUGUAAAAAUACGACUCUGAUUUUAACGUGAAGUAAUUUGUUUGUUAUCUGUACAUUAAACCAUUAAGUCAAUUGUGAAAUGAUGUGCUGACUUUUCAGGUGCCUUGCAUUUAUAAGAUCAUGCAUUUACAUAUAUAAGUCGUUUGUCCUUUUCUUGUUCUGUACACUGUUUUCCAACAUUUCCAAUGAAGCUUUUGUUCAAAACUUGAUUGCAGUAGGAAGUGCUUUAAGUGGUUGUCAUGUGACUUAUAAAGACUUCUGUUUCAUCCUUCAGAAUAGUCUGUUGUUUGCUGAUGUGACCAUGAAAAGAUUAAAAAUAUGCUUUGUGUUGUGA